AUGAGCAACAGAGUGGAAAUCUUUUACAAGGGGCAGAAGGCCCUUCUGAACGUAUUCUCGCUGUGGCCCCAAAACGAACGCCAUUGGAGAAUCUUUCAUCAGGUUAACCACGUGCAUGUGAUGGGAUUUUGGGUGCUGCUCUUUGAUCUCCUGCUCGUGAUGCAUGUGGUGGGCAACCUGAGUUCCAUGUCCGAGGUUGUGAGGGCCAUCUUUGUCCUGGCCACCAGUGCGGGACACACCACCAAGCUGCUGAGCAUCAAGGCCAAUAAUGUGGAACUGGAGGAGCUCUUCAAGAGGUUGGACGAGGAUGAUUUUCGACCAAGGGGCGUUGAAGAGGAGUUGAUCAUGGCAGCUGCCUGUGAAAGGAGUCGGAAACUCAGGGAUUUCUAUGGUGCUCUCUCGGUGGCCGCCUUGUCCAUGAUCCUUAUUCCCCAAUUCGUGGUGGACUGGUCCCAACUUCCACUGGGCACAUAUAACCCGUUUGCCGACCAUCCUGGUUCAACCGGUUACUGGCUCCUAUAUUGCUAUCAAUGCCUGGCCCUGACCGUCUCCUGUGUCACCAAUAUAGGCUUCGAUUCCCUCUGCUCCUCGCUGUUCAUCUUCAUCAAGAGCCAGCUGGAUCUUCUGGCGGUGCGACUGGAUAAGAUGGGCCGGUGGAGCAGUGCCGGUGGCUCCGUGGAGCAGCAACUGAAGGAGAAUAUCCGGUACCACAUGGCCAUUGUAGAGUUGACAGCAACUGUGGAGCGCCUUCUUUGCAAACCGAUUUCAAUGCAGAUCUUUUGCUCCGUAUUGGUACUCACUGCCAAUUUUUAUGCUAUAGCUCUGUUGUCCGACGAGAAGCUGGCGCUAUUUAAAUAUAUUACCUAUCAGGCGUGCAUGCUGAGUCAGAUUUUUAUAUUGUGCUACUAUGCCGGAGAGGUAACACAGCGCAGCUUGGACCUGCCCCAUGAGCUUUACAAAACAUCUUGGGUGGACUGGAACAAGGAUUCCCGUAGGAUUGUCCUGCUCUUCAUGCAACGCCUUCACUCGACUCUGAGAAUUAGGACCUUAAAUCCCAGCCUGGGUUUCGAUCUAAUGCUUUUCAGCUCGGUGGGUUAUUUUCGUAGUUCUACCGUUUUGUGCACUGUAGCCAAUUUCCAUAAUGAGCCUCAUUAG